AUGAACAAAAACGGAACAGCUAAAAUGAAUGAUAAUCAAAUUAGAGCAGAAGGUAGAAGGUUAUUUAAACGCUUCUAUAACAUUCCUGAUGGUGCUAAUCCUAAAACUCGUAGAAGCUAUUUAAAUGAAGCAAUAGAUGCAUAUGAAGGGUUUGACAUUUCAUCAGAAAGUGAGAGAUUAGCGAGAAUGUUAAAUGUUAAUAUUGAUUUCUAUUAUUGUGAUCCUCAACCAGAAGACGUGGACAUAAAUAAGGUAGACUUUCCAUUAGUGGAAUCAAUAAUGAUAGAUCCAGAAUUUGAAACAGUAAAUAUUUUAUUAACACAGAGUCCAUGUGGAAAACUUCACGCUGACAGAAUAACAGACGUUGAAGCACUCACCGGCUAUAAAGUUUGUCCAUAUUGUAAAGAAAAAGUUUAUUCUAUCCGCGAUGAUCCAGAAAGGAAAAACCAAAGAAGAUUUUUAAAGCAUUGUGAGAAAUGUAAAGAAAAUAAUGGAAGAUUAAUUCAAGACGUUCAAUUGCAAAAAACCCAGCAACCAUAUGCACCACAUAUUAUGAAACAGAAGAUAUAUCAGUGGUUAUUAGCUCACAAUUUGCAGGAAUAUUAUAAACCGACAAGAUAUUAUAUUACUUUUGACUUUGAAACAUUAGAGACUAAAGAAGAAUUACAACUUUCUGAGUGUGCAACUUUGAAUGCUUACUUAAAACCAUUCAUGGUAUCAUCAACGGUUAAAUUAAAUGAUAAAACAUAUACGAGGAAUUUUUGCUUAACUUCAAGUGAUUCUUUUAUUUCUGAUUGGAUUGAGUUUUUAUUUUCAACCUGUUCAUUAGUUGUUGAAUCAAAUAUGAGUCAAUACAAUGAAUUAUUGUUGUCCCUUACAUUAAAUGAAAAACAGAAGGAAGCAUUUAAAGAACUUCUAGAUGAGGAAUUUAAUAAAGUGAAUAUCAUAGGUUUUAAUUCGGGAAAGU